AUGGACAUCUCUCAGUCUCGACGCAUUCUUCGGAAGACCUUUGCUUGUGAUGAGUGCAAGCGACGCAAAAUACGCUGCUCUGGAAACGAGAAUUGCAACAACUGUCGCCGGGAUGCCAGAUCUUGUCGUUACUCUUCACCAUCCCAGCGUCUUUCGACUUUACAAAGACGUCUCAAUGAGUCAGAGCGCUUGAGAGCUGAUAUGGAACGAGCAUGGGCCAUCUACCUUCCUACAGUUGAUCUCCAGGAUGCGCUCCACACCGUCCGCUCCCAGAACGACUCUAUCACUGCUACCCAGCAAGGCCCCCACAGACAGAAGCACCUCAGCGACGUUACUCAUGCAACUGAGCAGCCUCCUGCUGGUUUUGUUGAACCGAGUAACGCCGAAGAUUAUGAGUUCGACGAGUCACAGGACUUUGACAACUCUACCGACGGCAUGGGCUUUCUGACGGUUGAUCCGCACAAGGCAGGCUAUACAGGGCCACAGUCUGGCAUAGCAGCUCUCAAGUUUCUUCAGUCACUUCCACUUUACUUACCACUAACCAGCUUCAGCCCGUUGUCUUGCCUCGACGACGACAUUGAUGGUGGUACUGCCUGCACUGCACAGCAGAGACGGGCGGAUGUACUUCGCUACCUGGAUGACUAUUUUGCUUUCUAUCAUCCCGCAUAUCCCAUUCUUCAUGAAGGAACUUUUCGUGCUCGCGUCUCAGGUGCCCUAGCAAAGCCACGCGAUGGCUCUUGGCCCAUAUUGUACAAUAUUGUGCUCGCCAUUGGGGCUUUCGUUGGAGAUUCGCAAGGCACCAAAGUGGAUAUACCAUUCUUCAAAGAAGCACGCAAGCAUUUGUCAAUGGAUGUUCUUGAGAAAGGGUCUCUCAGUUAUGUGCAAGCGAUUGUUCUCAUGGCAAACUAUAUGCAGAAGCGCAACAAACCAAAUGCUGCUUUUAUUGUGAUUGGUAUCGGCUGGAGUAUGGCGCUAGCCAUUGGCUUGCAUCGGGAGUUUGGCAUGCCUAGCACUUCGCCCUUCACAAUGGAGAUACGCCGACGCGUUUGGUGGACACUAUUUGUGUUUGUAUCAGGCGUUCAGCUGACUCUGGGCCGACCAGCAGUCUCGCUUGUUGGUGUGAAUGUUCAUCUACCAGCUAAUGUCGAUGACCAUGAUCUAGCAGUAGACAUGGAUGAACUACCUGAGUGUGGCACCGGCCCGACUAUUACCUCAUGCCUCAUUGCGCAAGUGAACCUCGCAAAGAUUGCCAAUGUCGUUCAGGUAGAGCUGUUAACGCACCAUUUACCUACCCAACAGAAAGCUGCAGAUCUCGAGCAGCGUAUACACACAUGGUACCAGGAGCUACCGCCCCAUUUUGGGCUCAGCAUUCCCCUAGAGCCGCGUUUCGACAUCCCGCGUCGAGUCCUUCUAUGGCGCUCUUUCCACCUGCGCAUUGUUAUCAACCGCCCCUUUCUCUUCCAAAGUAUUGCCGCUAAAUCCGAGCUCACCACCUCUACAGGCCCAGUUGCCGCCUGUCUUACCGCCGCAGAUGAGUGUGUUGCUUCCAUCUGCAGCUUUCUCGAGUCAACGAGCAACCGCCGCCGCGGCCUGACGUGGUAUGCGACCUGCUGGCUGCUAACAGCCAGCUUUGUCCAGGCGACGUGCUAUAUAUAUGAGCCAGCACAUAGCCUCGCGCAGACAUGGAAAUGUCAAAUACAACGCGCUGUGAACUGUUUGGGAAGUCUGGGUUCUUCCCAUGAUAUGGCCCUGCGAGCUCGAGACGUGCUACAAAACAUACUUGAGCAUGGUCAUGGAAUUGCCGUCCCCAGCGACAUGGCUCCUUACGCUUCCAGCCAGCUACCAGGGUCUUUCCGAGCUCUCUGGUUCCCUACGAAUGACCAACAAACUUUCAAACCUAAUACAUUAGGGCUUGAUGAUAAUAUGUCUGGAUAUGCUCCCGGAUCAUUCAAUGCCGAGUUUCUCGAUGCGGCGGGUGGGUUAAUGAUCCAGAAUUUCUUCGAUAACUAUUCGGAGGAGCGGGCGCAGAAUGCCCCCGGCUCGUCUAUUCCUGGAUAG